AGCCGGUAGCGAACCGAACCGAAGUGCCAAGAAGCCCUAUGGCGCUCGAGCUCAUGGCGCUCAUUGCUCGCAUUGUGGCGAUGGCCGGGACUGCAGCGGCGCUGCAGCACAGAUCGCCAUGCCUCCGAUAUCCUCCCGGUGUCCAUGUAGUCCCAUUGCCAGAGAUUCAGCGGCAGUUUCUGCUAUCAGUUCCUGUGGAGUUUGCACGUGAAGUGCCUUUGGUUCUGGGCUUCCAUGGGUUCAGCGAUUCCCCUUGGUAUUUCAACGCAUUUUCAGACUUCAGCAAGCACAUCAAUCGAUAUGGCUGGUUGGGCAUCCUGCCUUUUGGCCUGGAUGAGCAUGGAACAAAUGGUCUAGGUGGAGUGAAUGCCUGCUGUCCUGAUGAUUGUCUAGAUGAUUGCUGCACGAAAGGACUCCACCUGCGGCAGAAGAAUGAAACCGCCUGUCGAUGGAGUAAUGCCAAGGACAUGUCGUUUAUCGAGGAAAUAGUCAAGUGGGCAGGCGAGAAUACCUGCAUUGAUCAAAGCAAGGUCUUUGCCACGGGCUUUAGCAAUGGAGGAGUGUUCACCAACUACUUGGCAUGCCAUGCAGGGCAUUUGAUCCGGGCCUUCGCCCCCAUAUCUGGGGACAAUCCCGCUCUGGACUGCGAUGUGAGUCAUCCAAUUUCCUAUGUCAGCAUAUGCGGCACUGCUGACGACGAAGCGAUGUGCCAAUAUAGCUUUGAGGACACAGCAGAGUCCUUGAGCAAGCUGCACAACUGUGCCGGAGCAGGCCCAGCAGGUGCUCCUGUCACAUUCCAGAGAUCUGCCACGACCUCCUGCAAAGUGUGGGAUGCCUGCCCUCAGCAGAACUUUGUGGAAGUUUGCCGGACAGAGGGCCUUUCUCACGACAUCAGCGGCCACCUGCGUCCAGACAGCACCAGCUACCUUCGGCCAGGGAGCGAUCUGGAUUUUGCGGAGUACGCAUUCCAGAAGUUCUCUCUGCUGGCGAAUGGCAGCAUGCUCUUUUGGGGCGAGCCGACUGAUGAGCAGCUGCGGUACAAGGAGUCGCAGUGGCCGCCGCCCCCUCAUCAGGAUCACAUCUACCUCCGCAACAGCUACCAGGCCCCAUCAGCCUCAACUCUCAGCUGAGAGCCUUCCAGAGCGGAGCGGA